GCAUCGGUGGUACUCCUCGUGUUUGGUAGUGUUUGGCAGCGAACAACCGGUCUGAGGUUAGGAUAAUCCGUUGUGCAGCAGGAUAAGACUGCAACUGCUGCAUCAGGACUCCCACCCAACCACACAUAUCCCUAUCAGCAAGGAGAUGGAGUCGAUGGAGUACGAGGAGGCGCGCAACAUGACGCUGCUGUUCUUUCUCGAGCGAUUGCUGGAUCGAGGCGAACCGCGGACCCUUCACGAUCUGUCCUGCCAGUUUGGGGCCCGUGGUUUCACAAAGGAAAUGCGUCAGAUUGCGGGAGGAAGCCAAUCAGGAUUGAAGAAAUUUCUCGCCCAAUAUCCGGCCCUGUUCGAGAUAAACGGCGAUUUCGUGCACAUCAACUCGUACCAAUCGAGCAGCCCGGAUGACUCGUCCGUAUCGGGCAAGCGGGACUACAUCAAGGAAGCGAAGGACUACUUCAAACACAAGCUGCUCCAGUACGGCAAGGGCACGGAAGUACCGAUCCGCAGCCUGCUCGGGCACCGCAGCCAAGCAUCACCGCAAGUGCGCCACAUUUCCGGUCAGCACAUCCGCGAAUUCACCGAGUUCCUGCUGAAACACCCGGACACCUUUCAGGUGAUCGAGAACGAAAACGUGGUGCUGGUCGGUUGCGAGGACGAGGAAGAAGUACCGGCUUCCGAGCGAUUGCACCUACCAAACUCAACGAUCGACACGCAGGCCACGCAACAGCUGCUCGACUCGUUCGCGCAGGUGAUCGAAAUUAAGGGCCCCAUCCUGGUCGAUCAGCUGUUCCACAUGGUCACGUCGAACUUCCCGCAGGAGCAGUGGUUCCACAUGUUCAAGAACCCGAGCGAUCUGAAGACGUUCCUGAAGCUGUUCUCCGACUGCUUCCACAUCCAGGCGAAUCUAGUCACGCUGCUGCAGAAACCGAAGCUCUCCGAUGCGCACAUCCGCCAGGCGCAGGACAAGCUGAACCUCUCGAACAACACGUUCGGUGGGGGUGGCAGCAACAGCAGCACCCACAGUAGCUAUAGUUUAGGCAACACCGCCGGAAGUCCGCAGCACAGUUUGCAAACGUUCGGUGGCAGCGGUAGCAUUGGGUUUGGGAGCGCUAAUGGGAGUAGCAAUACGAGCCGGACGGCAUCACCUAAGAACAUGAUUGGAGAUUUCAAACUGAACGAACCGGUGUCGGUGGGGUUGGUCGGAAGUUCUCCGGGUGUGGCCAACAACACCGGUUCGCUGGCGGUGGUGGUUGGCGGCAGCAGCAAGAGUGAACCGAACAGUGGCUUCGAUAGUUUGCUCAUAACGAACGAUUUCAAGAUGGAGAGUUUGUGCCCCCGGAAUUGUCCGACGGUGACGAGUUACGGUAAACCGGCGUUGUUACCGACACGAGCGGCCAUGAACGAUGCGGGAACGAACACGACGGUGUCCUCGGGGGGUGGUGGAAAUGUGCAGGAAUCUCCAAACACCGCCGGUCGUGGAGGUGUGAACGAUCGCAUCGCUAAUCAUCAACAGCAGCAGCAGCAGCAGCAGCAACAGCAGAUCCCAACGCAAAAGGACCCCAAAAACCAAACGCUGAAACAACGCAUCAACAGUCUCGUGAUUAAAACGCUCGCCGAAAACCUGGAGAAGGACAAACACUCGAUGGGUGCGAUACAGCAGCAGCAGCAACAGCAGACGACGACGACGGUGACGACACCAACCGGGGGUCAACAUAGCGUUACGUUGGCCACAACCGUUGGAACCGGCAGUGGACAAACGGGUGCAAUGUCACCGACACCACCGGUGACGGGAGGAACCGCAAAUCCGGUGCAUUCGAGCAACUACUUCAUCGGGGACACGUGGAAGAUUAAGGUGCUGCAGAACACGCGGGUCAUCUCGACCGUCAAGGAAUCGCUGUUCGUCACCAGCGCCAUCCUGAAGUCGGCCCUCGAGGAGCAAGCGAUCGUGUCGUUUGAUUGCGAGGGCAUUAAUCUGGGCGUACGGGGACAGAUCACGAUGGUGCAGUUGGGCACGACGCGAGGUGAAGCGUUCAUCUUCGAUAUUGCAACCUGCCCGGAUAUGGUGGUUGAGGGCGGAUUGAAGGAGAUCCUCGAGUCGGAGAAGGUGAUCAAGGUGAUACACGAUUGCCGGAAUGAUUCGGUCAAUCUGUUCAACCAGUUCCAGAUCCUGCUGCGAAACGUCUUCGACACGCAGUCCGCACAUGCCGUACUGCAGUUCCAGGACCAGGGCAAGCAGGUGUACAAGGUGAAGAAUGUAUCCCUCAAUACAUUAUGCGAGAUGUAUAAUGCAACCGUGAAUCCGAUGAAGGACCAGCUGAAGAACGUUUAUCGGCGGGACCAGAAGUACUGGGCUCGAAGGCCAUUGACACGGGAUAUGCUACUGUACGCUGCUGGCGACGUGCUGAUUCUGAUCAACGAGCAGCUGUACCUCAACAUGGCAACAUCCAUCAAGCCAGAAUACCGCGAGUUGCUGUCCGAGCUGUGCACUGAGCAGAUUUUGAUGUUAAUCCGCCCAGUGGACGUGAAGAUGCGGAAGAAGCAACGGAAGGUGCGGUCGGAAAUACAGGACCUGAAGGUGAAGCUGAAAUCGGCCAGCAAAAACAUCGUCCUAAGCAACAGAGAAAUCCGACUGUUGAGGUACAUGGAUCUGACGGAGGAGGAAAAGGAAAAGCUGCGGGUGUCGUACAAGGUGGCCAAAAAGCUCGACAAGCUGGAGAACUACGAUCGCGAUCGGUGUGAUCAGAGCGACUCGGACGAUGAAUGUGAUGUGACCGAACAGGACUACCAAAGUAUGGACAGUGUGCCGUCGGAUAAUUCCCUCCCUGGGACGGGAACGGGAACCGCUGGUAGUGGUACGUUCUCACCGAAACACUCCGAGCCGCCGAGUUUGACCGAGUCGAUGCAGCUGAUGGACGAGAUCCUGUCCAACACGACGAUGGAUCGGAUGGCAAAGAUCGAUAAGCUGGAAGCGAUCCUUUCUGCCGCUACGCUACUGCCGAACGAUCAGUCCUUUGCUGACACAAUGUCCAGCUUCAAUGCCAAUACGAUCGUAGUCACUAACGACAAUAUUCUACAGCCGGCAAAGGAAAAGGAUGCCAACAAAAGCCGGAUCAGCAAACCAAGCUCGAAAAUUGCGGCACGCCUGCAGCAUUCGAUCACUCCACCACCACCGCUAGCAUCAUCCGGUCACGGCCAUUACCACCAGCCAAUCUCGGUGCCACCGAAAGAGAUGAAGGAAGCCGCCUGCCAGACGCUCAGUACGGGCGACAUUGUGAUUACGAAGAUAUUCUUCAAGGAGGACCAAGACAAGAAAGCUCAACCGGACAAGGGCGCCGGACUCGCUGCCACACCGGCCAGUGAACUGCUCAAAAAGAACGGAACCACCGCCGGCAGCGGCGGGGACAUGCUGAUGGCCAACGCCGGUCAACAGCCGCAGGCGCAAAGUGCCUGAAAAACCAUGCAAAGUUCGUAACGUCACCGUAGAGAUUGUUUUUACCCCUUUGUGCCGGGUUUCAGAAAUGUUUGGCAGUGUGUUUUCAUCAUCCGCGGCGCGGCUCACAGGAUCACACUCUGCGCGCCCGAGAGAUUGAUAUAAUGCACGCCUAGCAGACAUUACCACACUGCGUACUGAAAGAGAGGUUUCGCUGGCGCGUGCAAAGAUAGGCGCAUCUGCACGGUCAGGUUUUGAUAAUCGAACGAAGAUGAAGCAAUAAUUUAUCCGUUAAUUUAUUAGAUCCAUAGGAUUGACGCUGAGGAAUAGAUACGGCUACAGUUUUCCCUCUUUACCCUGCAUAGACUCAAUCACACGCAACACGCGUGUGUGUGGCGUUAACAUAUAUACAUAUUUUUUAUUCAAUAUAUUUAUAUACCAACGAUAACGAAGAUAUAGCUCCCUGUGAGUGAGAAUAAGGACGUUAGCGUUUCCACUGGCAGAGUCUGCCAAUCGAAUUCCCCAUAGUUUGGGAAAUUGUGUGAUGGAUUUAAGAGUGUGUGUUGUUCGUUGUUAUGUUGCUUGAGUAAAGAAAGAGAGAGAGAGAGAAAGAGAGAGAGAGAGAGAGAGAGAGAGAGAGAGAGAGAGAGAGAGAGUGAAGUUGAAAGUUAGACGAGACACAAAAUGCGAGUGAUUUGUUGCGAUUAUCAGGAUGUUGCGAAUUAUGAAGCGAUUCCGUAUAGGAUUUGGUUUUCGCUUAGUGGAACUCCAACGGUGAAGUUAAUGUUUAAUUAUUAUGUACCACAGCAUAUAUUACAUACUCACACACACAUACACGAAGUGUGUCCCGGAAUUGUUCCGAACAGCAGGCUAUGCUAAUAUUAAGGAGCAGGAAAACAGCCUGCUGUGUUGCGAGUGUGUCUGGUUGGAAUUCAACGAGCCUUUGAUAGUUAACAAACACGUAACAUACACACACACACUUAAGGCAUACUUAAUGAGUAGCAUAAAUAUUGCAAGCAUAUAUCAAAUCUAACUAUCGAAGAAAGGAUUCCCUUUGGAGAUAGCUGAGCUUAGACGCCAACGCAUACUCAAUAACAACCAAUAUUUAUACCCUUUCAAAUGCAUAUAUAUAUCAAUUAUACACGUUAAACCGCCGAUCACGCAGUA